AUGGCUUUCCGAAACAGCGCAGUGGUCCGACAAGGUCUGCAGAGCAUCCUGCAAAAGCGAGCCGACGAUGUUGUAUUCACGACCGCAUUGCGAACGCCCAUUGCACGUAUGAAGAAGGGUUUCAAGGAUGCCUACCCGGAAGAGCUCCUUGCAUUCGUGUUGCAACGCACCCGAGAAAGGCUCGAAUCGCGCGGCGUGGACAAGAACAUCAUCGAAGACGUAUGCACUGGUACUGUACUCAUGGAGCUCGGUGGUGCCAAAUCUGGACGCAUGGCUGCUCUCCACGCUGGCAUGCCCAUCACCUCUGCGUACAAGACGGUCAACCGACAGUGCGCCUCUUCGUUGCAGAGCAUCACGGAUAUUGCCAACGCCAUCCGAGCUGGCGAGAUUCAGUGCGGUAUUGCAGCCGGCGUGGAAUCCAUGACGCGCAACUACGGCUCGAAAGCCAUCCCUGUCGACCUCAGUCCCUGGCUCAAGGAGUCGCCAUCCGCCGACGCACGCGAUUGCAUCCUGCCCAUGGGUGAGACCUCGGAGCGUGUAGCAGAGCAGUGGAACAUCAGCCGCGAACGACAGGACCAGUUCGCCGCCGAGUCGCACCGCAAAGCCGAAGCCGCUCAACAAGAUGGACGUCUGGGCUCCGAGAUCGAGCCCAUCGAGGUGCGCUGGAUCGACCCCGAGACUGGCAAGGAAGGCAAGAAGCUCGUCAGCAAGGACGAGGGCAUCCGUCCCGGUACCACGCUGGAAUCGCUCGCCAAGCUCAAACCGUUCCUUCGCGCCGACGGCAGAAGCACAGCUGGCAACUCUUCGCAGGUCAGCGACGGCGCUGUCGCCCUCACAAUGGCUCGACGCGAUGUAGCCGAAGCCGCAGGAAUGGAGAUUCUCGGUCGCUGGGUGGGAACUGCCACCAAGGGUGUCAAGCCAGACGUGAUGGGCAUCGGACCUGCCGAAGCGGUGCCCAAGCUGCUGGAACGUUUCCAACUCAAGACGGACGAUGUGGAUCUGUGGGAGCUCAACGAGGCGUUCGCAUCGCAGUCUCUGAUGGUGAUGGAUACGCUGAAGCUGGACGCGAACAAGGUGAACCCGAAGGGUGGUGCGAUCGCGUUGGGUCACCCGUUGGGCGCUUCGGGUGGUCGACUGGUGACGAGCUUGCUCGCCGAGCUGCGCAGGACGGGUCAGCAGGUGGGUGUGGCUACGCUCUGCUGUGGAACUGGUUACGGUAAGGCUUCGCUCAUCGUUGCCGAGUAA